AAGCCCAAAAGAGUUGUGAGCAGGAUUGAAUCCACAAUGAGCUAGCCAGCUUUGCAGGGAUACCGUUAGCUAAAAACUGAAGCAGUAGCAGUAACGUUAGUAACGUAAGCGAAAGGGCCAGAUAUCGUGAGGCCGUAUAUCUCUUCUGUAGAAAUCGCAGUGAUCCCAGUUGUGGAUAGAAAGCCAACUCUAGGUAACGUGGCAAAAUAUAUACACCUCUCGAUUUCAGUUCUCACAUACAAAUCUAUGUGACAGAUCUGCAGCCUCAUUGAGCAACUUUCCAUUUCGAAUUCUCGUAGUAGCCCAAGUUUCAUCGGAUCCAGACCUAGCUAGUAAUGCAGAGUAAUCCAACGGUGACCUCACAAAGCAAUCAGAAGGAGGACCCAAGCGCACUAUAAGGGGAGCGGAGGAAGGUGGCAGCCAUGUUGGAGGAGGACAUGGAGGUGGCCAUCAAGGUGGUGGUGGUGGGCAACGGGGCCGUGGGGAAGUCCAGCAUGAUCCAGCGCUACUGCAAGGGCAUCUUCACCAAGGACUACAAGAAGACCAUCGGAGUAGACUUCCUGGAGCGCCAGAUUGUAGUCAACGAUGAGGACGUGCGACUGAUGUUGUGGGACACAGCCGGACAGGAGGAGUUUGACGCCAUCACAAAGGCCUACUACAGAGGGGCACAGGCGUGCGUGCUGGUCUUCUCCACCACGGACAGAGAGUCCUUUGAGGCCAUCAGCAGCUGGAGAGAGAAGGUUGAGAUUGAGGUGGGAGACAUCCCUACUGUCCUGGUGCAGAACAAAAUUGACCUCUUGGACGACACGGUGAUAAAGAAUGAGGAGGCAGAGGGACUUGCCAAGAAGCUCAAGUUGAGAUUUUACCGGGCCUCUGUGAAGGAGGACCUCAAUGUCAAUGAAGUUUUCAAAUACCUGGCUGAAAAAUAUCUCCAGAGACUCAAGCAACAGACUGCUGAGGAGCCUGAGAUUCACUCCACAAGCAAUAAAAUUGGCGUUUUCAACACGACAAGCGGUGGACAAUUAAGCCAGAACUCCAGCAGCCUGAACGGACGUGAGGUCAUCAACCUGCGACCGAACAAGCAGAGGACCAAGAAAAGUAAAAACCCUUUUGGUGGCUGCAGGCUGAUUUAACAGGAUUCCAUCAUUUAAUAACAAAAAAUCCCGUCUUGGCUGCUAGGUCAGAGAGAUGGAAGUCUUAACUGAGUGUGGUUUAUCUGUAGAGACUAGUGUAUUUCCUGACCUGACCAGCUAUAAAGAAUGC